AUGGUAAAAUAUUUUGGGCGACAUAGUUGCAAGCAGUUCAUUCGCGGGAAACCAAUUAGAUUUGGAUACAAAGUAUGGUGUCUAAACACAAAAGAUGGGUACUUAGUAAAUUUUGAACUGUAUCAAGGCAAAAGCCCUAAAUCUAACACUGUUUACGAACAACUAUUUGGUAAAGCUGCGAGUCCAUUAUUAGCUCUUAUAGAUGAAAUCCCCACAGAAAAGAGACAAUUGAAUUACUCUUUAUACAUGGACAACUUAUUUUCAGGCAAAAAUCUCCAUUCGUUUUUAAAAUAUUGUGGAUAUUCAGCAAUAGGAACAAUCCGUGAAAAUAGGAUUCAAAAAGACGGUCCUUUACAAAAUAAAAAAAUAUUUGCAAAAAAAGAACGCGGAUACUUUGAAACAGCCAUGGAUAAAAAUGAUGGUCUUUUGUAUGUUCGAUGGAUGGACAACGCUGUGGUAACAAUGAUAUCCACUUCAUGUGGUACUAAAGAAAUAAGUCACGUUAAAAGAUAUUCUCAACAAAAAAUAAACAAAUAUUUUGGUUCAAAGACCAAACCUAAUUGCUAA